AUGGCGAAGGGAUUCUUCAUCAGCAAAACCUUGGGGAUAGUGGGAAUAGUGAUAGGUGCUGGAGCGGUUGCCACCAUCAUCGCCCUCUCGGUGGUCUACUCCCAAGAGAAGUCCCAGAACAAUGAGUUGAAACCCACCUCUGAAGUGACCACCACAAAAGCCCCAACGGUUCCAACGACGGCACCGUCCAACGAACCCUGGGACCAGUGGCGCCUUCCUCAGACGUUGGAACCCGAGUUCUACAAAGUCCUUCUGUGGCCGCGGCUGCAGCCGAACCCUACAACCGGUCUCUACAUCUUCACUGGAAGCUCCAGCGUGGUCUUCAAAUGUGUGCAGGAGACAGACCUCAUCCUCAUUCAUUCCAGUAAGUUAAACAUGACCAAAGAUCCCACGCUGACGGCCCACGGCUGCACACCCGCUCCUUCCAUUAGGUCGACCUGGAUGCAGACGAAAACGCAGUAUUUGGUGAUUCACCUGGAAGGCAAAUUAACUGUCGGGGAAAAAUACGAGCUCCAUACUGAGUUUGUGGGAGAGCUUUCAGAUGACUUGGGUGGCUUCUACCGAAGUGAAUAUAUUGAGAAUGGAGUGAAGAAAGUGGUGGCUACGACACAGAUGCAGCCGACGGAUGCCAGGAAAGCUUUCCCUUGUUUCGACGAACCAGCGAUGAAAGCAGUUUUCAACAUCACUCUUCUACACGAUCGUGGAACCACAGCCCUCUCUAAUGGCAAGGACAUAGAGAGCAUUGACACUGAAGUGGAUGGCGUCGAGGUAACCAGAACAGUGUUUGAUGCCACCAAAAAAAUGUCAACUUAUUUGUUGGCAUUUAUUGUCAGCAAUUUUGGUUUCAUUCAGAAUGGAGAUGAAAAGCCCCUGAUUCGAAUUUUUGCUCGUCGAGCUGCCAUUGAAUCAGGCCAAGGGGACUAUGCGCUGAAUGUGACAGGACCGAUUCUAAGAUUCUUUGAAGAGUAUUAUAAUUCAACCUAUCCGUUGCCCAAAUCAGAUCAGAUCGCUCUGCCCGACUUCAGCGCCGGUGCCAUGGAAAACUGGGGCUUAAUCACAUACAGAGAAACUGCACUUCUGUAUGAUGAAGAAUCAUCUUCAAAUGGAAACAAAGAGAGGAUCGCCACUAUUAUUGCCCAUGAACUUGCCCACCAGUGGUUUGGAAAUCUCGUGACUCUGAGGUGGUGGAAUGACCUAUGGCUCAAUGAAGGUUUUGCAUCCUACGUUGAAUAUCUUGGGGCCAAUAAAUCUGAACCAGACUGGAACAUUAAUGACCUGAUUGUUCUCAAUGACGUGCACCGAGUUUUUGCCAUAGACGCCCUGGCCUCAUCGCACCCCUUAUCUUCCAAAGAAGAGGAGAUCCAGAGACCCGAGCAGAUCAAUGAACUCUUUGAUGCCAUCUCCUACAGUAAGGGGGCGUCGGUUCUUAGAAUGCUGUCUGAUUUCCUUACUGAGGCAGUGUUUACUGAAGGACUCCAAACUUACCUAGAGCAUUUUAAAUUGAGCAACACGGUGUACACUGACCUCUGGGACAAUCUUCAAAUGGCUGUAGACAAGACUGGCACUAAUCUCCCCAAAACCGUGCGAGAGAUUAUGGACCGUUGGGUUCUUCAGAUGGGUUUCCCAGUGGUCACUAUCAACACUACAACUGGCCAGAUCUCACAGAAACACUUUCUUCUGGACCCGGAUUCUGUCGUGGAGAGACCGUCACAGUUUAAUUAUGAGUGGUUUGUACCAAUUAAAUGGAGGAAGAAUACCGUGACAAGUGAGCCAAUUUGGCUUCUGGAGAAAAAUGCUAUAAAGAACGAAAUGAAAACAAAUGCAAAUGAGUGGAUUCUGGCCAACAUCGAUGUGGUGGGAUACUACAGGGUCAACUAUGACCCAGAAAACUGGAACCGUCUACUUAAUGCUCUCCAGACAUCCAAAGACGACAUUCCUAUCAUUAACCGGGCACAGAUCAUUGACGACGCUUUCAACCUUGCUAAAGCAAGAAUAAUUGACAUAACACUGGCUCUACGAACCACGCAGUAUCUUUCAUCUGAAACCGAGUACAUGCCAUGGGAAGCAGCUCUGGAUAACCUGGACUACUUUUAUCUAAUGUUUGAUCGCACUGAGGUUUACGGCCCCAUGCAGGCGUACGUUGGAAAACAGGUUAAACCCUUGUUUGAAUAUUUCACGACUCUUACAAACUGGACAGAUGUCGCAAAAGGACAUACAGACCAAUAUAAUCAGGUCAAUGCACUCAGAGUCGCCUGCAGCACCGGGUUGGAAAAUUGUACAACUUUAGUCAAAACAUGGUUCCAACAGUGGAUGGACAAUCCGAAUGCCAAUCCUAUUAAGGCCAACCUGAGAUCGACAGUCUACUGCAGUGCCAUCGCUGCAGGUGGCGGUAAGGAGUGGGACUUUGCCUGGAACAUGUUUCAAACCGCCGCUCUUGCUUCAGAAGCCGACAAACUGCGCGCUGCACUGGCAUGUGCCACCCAGCCUUGGUUGCUGAACAGGUAUCUGGAAUACACUUUGGAUCCGAAUAAAAUUCGUAAGCAGGACGCCACCUCUACCAUUAUCAACAUCGCAAGUAAUGUGGUCGGACAAUCAUUGACAUGGGACUUUGUCAGGGCCAACUGGGCGUACAUUUUCAAUCAAUAUGGAGGUGGAUCUUUCUCUUUCGCCAAUCUGAUCAACGGUGUCACAAAGAGGUUCUCGACAGAGUUUGAACUUCAACAGCUGAAGCAGUUCAGGGAUGAUAAUUCUGCCAUCGGUUUCGGAUCGGGCACCCUCGCCAUUGAGCAAUCCAUCGAGAGGACUACAGCCAACAUCAAAUGGGUCGCGCAGAACAAGGAAGUGGUGUUGAAAUGGUUCACAGAUGCGGCUAAAACUCUGUGA